AUGCCAAAUCACAGGUUCAAAGCUUCAGACAUACGCCGAUACCUCAUCGAUACGGCUCAGCACGAAGAGCGUGAUGUCGACUUUGAAGAUGAAGAGCCCUCCAGCGUAUCUCAAACAUCCACUGUGGAACACGAUCAAGAGUCGUUCGAAUUGUUCAGAACAAGAGUUAUGGAGCUUUGCGCCGCUCAAUUCCCAAGAUCAAGCUUUCAAGUCGAGCGCCUGCGCGGUGGGACUUACAACCGCAUCACCGCGAUCACUGUCACGCCUUUACCUCCACGCGCUUUCACUAUUCCAUGGAUACGUUCGUUGCUACCCAUUAAUGAAGCUCACAUCAAGGCUUACGAGCCAAAGCACUACAUACUGAGGAGCGCACGAAGGGAGCCUUCAUGCGACGACUUGGAUAUGAGGUAUGAUGUGGCUACUCUAAAGUUCGCGGGCAUAAAGUCCAGAAAAUUCGGCAACAUCGUGCCUCAGGUCAUACACCUCGAUGAAAACACGCGUAAUCCUUUGUCGCGGACCUAUACCAUUCAGAACCGUCUUCCCGGCCAAAAUCUCAAUAAGAUAUGGCUCGGACUUACGAUCGACCAGAAGAUAAGCACGAUGCACAUUGUUGUUCGUGUCAUGAAGAGAUUGCAUAAGAUUCAGGGACCCAAGGCAGGUAUCAUUGCCCGUCUAAGAGUUCUACUGCUUUCUCGCGGCGAAGUUAUCCCGGAAAUUUGUGCCUUCAGAACUACCAAGGGCCCGGAUCAGGAGAACGGCGAUGAGGUUAUAUGGGAUUGUUUCGAUAUCAUCACCAAAUCCCUUCACAACAUGGGCUUUAUUCCGGAUACCGACCGUUUCUACUUCUGCCAUCUCGACCUCUAUCCACGAAACAUGCUCGUAGAGAUUGAAGAUGAUUCAUCGCUCUCACUCACCGGACUGCUGGACUGGGAUGCUCAAUUCGCAUACUUUUGCCCCAAGUUCGUCGCUUAUCGUGCGCCGUUCUGGCUAUGGGUAUCGGGUGGUCACGAGUACAACGAGAUGAUAGCUGCAGAUGAGCCAACGAAUGCUGAUCACCGGCGAUUGAAGAGCUUGUGGGAAGAAGCGGCGAGUGACGAGUGGAAGCGGUACGCCUACGAACCGGAGUAUAUGAUCGCGAGGAGAAUGUUCGCUCUGCUCCGAGACGGUAUUCGUCAUGAUGGAGGCAAAGAGGAAGCUAGGUCUAUUGUCGAUGAAUGGCAGAAGCUGCAUUACGAUCAGAGGCUUGCCACAGCGUACGCGAGUGAUGAGAGCGACGGUGCCGAGGCAAAUAUGGACGUUGGGGACCGAGAUGAAGGCAUUUACACGUUGGCUCAACAAGACCUUGAGCUCGACGAUGUGCGGGACGAGGAUGACGGGACUAUCGACUCGCAUGACUAA